AGACCCUUGCUCUGUCAAUAGAGAGGCAUUGCAACUGUAGCCAUAAAAACUACGGAGAGAAAAAAAAAAUCCUCUCAACUGCUUUAUCAUUUUAGUAAUAGUGCUAUUGACAUCUGCUUGUCAUGGCCGGAAAUGUUCUAAUAAUUUGCCUGCUGUGGGCAUGUGUGAGUGUGUGUGAAUGUGAGCCGGCCAUGUUUGGGGAGGUGUCUUCUCCACAGUAUCCUCAACCAUAUCCAGCAGAUAUCUUGGAAGAGUGGGACCUGGAGGUGCCGCAGGGGUAUCAGAUCCAGCUAAAGUUCAAUCACUUGGACAUUGAGCCCUCUCCAAACUGUUACCAUGAUUCUCUCAUUGUUAUGUCUGAUAAGAAGGUUCUGCGGAAGUUUUGUGGCCAGAAUUCCACAGACAGAUUUCACCCUGGUGACAAGCCCAUCAUGGUGUCUGGUAACCGUCUACAGCUCAUUUUUCUAACUGAUGAUUCAAAACCCAAAUCCCACAUGGGAUUUACUGCAUCCUACCAGGCUGUUGCAUUUACUGGUUGUGGAGAUCCAAAGCCCCUGCUAAAUGGAGGUGUUCGGUUUAUCAACGGAUCAAACAAUGAGUAUCAUUCAGUCAUUGAGUAUUACUGCAAUGAGCCUUACUACACAUUUGAAGAAACUCCUAAUGUAAGAUACACCUGCUCAGAAGACCAGAAAUGGACCGCAGAUGACAGCAAAGACAAUAUUCCUCCUUGUGUUCCUGUGUGUGGAAUGAAUACAGAGGUCUCUUUUGGUGCCAGAGUCUUUGGUGGGAAGCCAGCCAGACCUGGGCAGAUUCCCUGGCAGCUCUUACAUAGAUCAGCUCCCAGAGGUGGUGCGUCUCUGAUCAGUGAUUACUGGGCUCUAACAGCUGCUCAAGUAGUAGAUGGACUUGAAAACACCAAUAUGACUUGGCUUGGAGGAAUAACUGAAGAGGACAAACCCCCAGUCACUAUGGAGACAGAGAAGAUCAUAAUUCACCCAAAUUAUCAGAGGGUUGGUCAGCAUGGUUUUACAUCUAACUUUGAUAAUGACAUUGCUCUGAUCAAAAUGUCUGCCAGGGUGCCACUCGGUCCAAACAUCAGGCCAGUGUGUCUGCCAAAGAAAACACAUGAACCUGUAAUGGAGGGCACAAUGGGUACAAUAUCAGGUUUUGGAGGGUUUGAGCGGGGCUUAAGAAGUAAAAUUUUACGUUAUGGCCAUGUUCAGGAAUAUACAUUUGAUAAGUGUGAUUCAUGGGAUCUGAACGUCACUGAUAACAUGUUCUGUGCUGGAGAUGAUGUUAAAAUUGUUGACAGUUGUAAAGGUGACAGUGGGUGUCCUCUCUUCUUCCCCAUGUUGGGCUAUGGAUCUAAAGAGCAGCUCUAUGAGGUGAGGGGCAUUGUGUCAUGGGGUCCUGAAAGAUGUGGCAAUACAGCCUCUAAAGGUUUCUAUACUAAAGUGCAGAACUACUUGGACUGGAUCAGAGAAACAAUGGCAAAUAAUUAACAUCUAUAGUGCAAGUCAAGACAUUCAGUGUUUAGUGAUACCUGAGAUCAGUUUCAGUUAUGUGCAUAAUGAUCAAAAAGAUUUUAGAAUAAAAUGAUUUUAUAAUGAAAAGAAACAAAAACUGUUUUCUAUUUCAGCAGGCAGAAAAUUAAUUAAAUAAAAUUGGAGCCUA